CAACGGAGGAAGAUUCUGUUGGGUAGUCACAUUCAACCAAUAUACAUAAAUAUAUUGUUGUAGUCUUGUUGCGCUCCGAAUGACACUUGACGGGAAAUUUCGGUUUCCCUGUUUGCGAAGGUAUGCCGGGCGCGCAGGGAAAUUUUUAACCACGAAACGAGAACAGAGGGAAUUUCGUAGGAGAGAAUAUCGCAGCUCACAACCUUUUGCUCGGCUUUACAUUCUACAAAUCACCCCGCGCCCUCCCCCCGGCCUUGAGUGUACACUGUCCUAUUGCUUCUACCCCCACCUACUGACAUCUAUUCAAUAUGGCCUCCGUCCUCAGUCUUGGCUUAAACGUGUGUUGGAGAGUGCGUAUUUCCGAUACCUGUCCGCUUAUUCGUCGCUUUUCUGUGCAAUUACACCGUUUAUUCACAAAGUGUUGAGUGAAAAUUGUUAUUAAAGUGUUCCAUUGUGGAUUGGUAUCGUUCUCCAAAAUAUACGUUAAUGAACUCCUACUUUUGAAAACACUGAAGUGAAUUUAGAAAAGUGGUGGAAUACAAUAACUAGUUCGAAUGAAAGACACCAUUAAUCCACCGAAAUAUCACUGUUUAUGUUUAUUUGAUGAACAGUGUGCCAAGUGAUAGAGGAACAUGUGAUUUGUGAAGUUCUGUGUGCUAUGAAUUGUGUGCAAUAUUAUGAAAGUCACAGUCUAGCGUUUAGUUUUGUUUUCCUUUUGACAAGGGAAAUUUGUUUUGGUUGAUGGUUGAGGCGGUUGAAAUCGUUCAAAAUUGAGUGCUUCAAGUUUUCCAACCUGGAUACAUACGAUUUUGAUAAUCAUGGACUACUCCCUCUGCCCGGAACUGACCUGUCUGAGUACAUGACAGAACAAUGCGUGGAGAGGGACCGGCUACGCGAGCGGGAGCGGCAGGCCCGCGCCCAAAGAGCUCAACAGAUGGCCGCUCAGGAGCGCGAUGUCGCUCCACUUUUUGGUGCCAUUGUCAAGGUGAACCCAAACACCAACGACAAAGUAAGCCAGCAAAUCCAAAGCCAGCUGGGGCCAUACGACUAUGUGCGACCUCUGCUGGAGGACUCGAAACGCACCAUGGUGCUGCUGGGUUCCGACGGCAUCCCGCCAAGUCCCGCUCCCGGAGGUGCAGCCGCCUCCUCGGCCUCCACCUUGGCGUCCUCGGGGGCGGCACGGUCGUCCUCUUCCUCCGGAGGCGGCGAGUUCAAGCGGCCGCCCGUGUCUAGCGGGCACUCGCAGCAUCGGUCGUCUACUGCGCAUGCGCACUCGGCUCAAAGAAAUGGCUUCGCGAAACCGGCAGACAGUAAGUCAUCCUCACAGUACAGUAACAGCGGCAGCAGAAGUAGUUUCUACCAGGGCGGCCAAAAGACGGGGGGCGCAGUGCAUGGGGGAGUCUCAAGUGCCAGUGG